AUGCAUGUUAUUGAGCAACAUUAUGCAAGAGUACUGGACCUGGAGAUUAUGGAAAGGAGUGGGAAUCAAACAGAAGCCCCUGUGCCUUCUGCUGUUACUAUGUAUUGGUCCCUCUCUGUAUCCGUAUUCUCUCUUGGGGGUUUAGCGUCUUCAUUCUUUGUUGGAUGGAUUGCAGAUAAACUGGGAAGGAUCAAAGCUAUGAUGGCCGUGAAUUCUCUGGCAGUUAUUGGAGCACUUCUGAUGGGGUUGGCUCCACUAGGUCAAGCUCAUGCUUUAGUUAUUGCUGGCAGACUUAUAACUGGGCUUUACUGCGGACUAACAGCAGGACUUGUGCCUAUCUAUAUUGGGGAGGUUUCUCCAACAGCACUAAGAGGAGCUCUGGGUACCCUGCAUCAGCUUGGUAUUGUCACGGGAAUUCUUAUCAGUCAGGUUGUUGGACUAGAAUUUAUCCUGGGCAGUGAAAAACUAUGGCCUGUUCUCUUGGGACUUUCUGGUGUACCAGCAGUUAUUCAAACUAUAUUACUCUUCUUUUGCCCAGAAAGUCCAAGAUAUGCUUUUAUUAAACUUGGAAGGGAGGAAGCUGCUAAAACAAUUUUGAAAAAGUUUAGAGGAGAUUAUGACCCAUCCAAAGACAUCGAGGAGAUGAGGAGGGAAAAGGAAGAAGUAGCCAGUGAAAAGAAAGUGUCCAUUUUACAGCUAUUUAAGUCUUCAAAUUACAGACAGCCAAUUAUAGUUUCACUGGUAUUGCACAUAUCUCAGCAGUUCUCAGGAAUCAAUGGGAUUUUCUACUAUUCUACAAGCAUCUUUACUAAAGCAGGAAUUAGCCAGCCAGUAUAUGCCACCAUUGGAGUAGGUGCAGUCAACACAGUUGCCACUAUUGCUUCACUGUUUCUUGUUGAGAAAGCUGGAAGAAGAUCUCUUUAUAUUAUUGGCUUAGCAGGCAUGUGCAUUUGUGCGAUCAUUAUGACUAUUGCUCUAGCCCUACUGUCUAGUCAUGCUGGAAUGAGCUAUCUGUGUAUGGUUGCCAUCUUCCUGUUUGUGGUCUUCUUUGAAGUUGGACCUGGUCCCAUCCCUUGGUUCAUUGUUGCCGAACUAUUCAGCCAGGGUCCCCGGCCUGCAGCCAUGGCUGUGUCUGGGUUCUGCAACUGGAGCUGUAAUUUCAUAAUUGGAAUGUGCUUCCAGUACAUUGCUGACGCCUGUGGGCCCUAUGUGUUUAUUAUAUUUGCAGUACUCCUAUUGGGUUUCACCAUUUUUACAUACUUCAAAGUUCCAGAAACAAAAGGGAAGUCCUUUGAAGAAAUAUCUGCUGAGUUCCGCAAGAAAAAACACGGAGGAAAGAAAUCCACAGAGAUGGAGUACCUGGGAACAAGUUCAGAUGCUUGA